UAUGCCCAACAAAAAUCAACUACACACCAUAGUGGUGCGACAUACAAACAAUAGUCAAAUACCGGUGCCUAUACGUAAAAAUAUUAGUAAUUCAAAAGUCAAAUUGAGAUCAAUUUCAAAAAUGUCACAAAGUUCUUCAAAAGCAAUAGAUCGAGACAUAAAAAAAAUAGAAUCUGUGUUUGUUCAGAAAGAACAACCACUAAUUCCAUUAAAUUUAAAGAUAUCAAAGGAAGUAACUAUAACCCAUGUCAAUGAUACAAAAAAUAAUAUAAUAUCAAAGCUAAAAAAAUUACCCGAUAUUACUAUUGAUUUAAUUAAGUCCGAGCCAGUUUUUAAAGUUCCUGAAUCUCCAAAACUUAAAACAGAAAAUACUAAAAAAAAUACCACACCGUCUAAUGUAUUAAAAGAUAAAGGAGCUACUCAUAAUAUUAUAUUUAACUCAAACAAAAAUUUAAAUUUAAGUGAAACCUUAAAACAAAAACCAAAACAAGUAAUUAAUAAAACUUUAUUGAUAACAAAGAGUCCAGAUAAAGAAAUUGUAAAGAAUCCAAAAGCUUCUAAUAAAAUAUAUUCAGUCUUGGAAAAGGAAAAUACUCUAAGAACUAGUUCUCCUAAAAUACUUUCAAAAAAAUUACAAAGUUCUCCUAUGAUUAAAUCAAAAAGCUUAAAAAUUAAAAAAACUAUAGAAGAAAUACCAAAUAGUAGUGAGAUAUUCAUUAAAGAAGUGAAGCCGGUAGAAAAGAUAUCAAAUAAUCGUAAUACUUUUUCUAAAGAAUUAAAAGAAAAUUCAGAUAAGGAUACAGUUAUAAAUAACACAGAACUCAAGACUAAAAAAUUGGCUAAUGAAAAUUAUAUGCUAAUGGAUUUAUCAACUAAUGGUGAAUUUAAUAUCGUUCCAGCAUCUUUUAUUUUAGAUUCAAGUAAUAUCAAUGAUUCUGAGUAUAGACAGUUUUUAAUGGGAAUUAAUAAAUCACAUUUAAACAGCAAUAUGGAUAUGGAAAGUUCUCAAAAUGACACUGAAAAAGAGUUAUCAAUAAUUAUUGAAGAGUCGGACACAUUUUCAGAUUUUAUACAGUGUAUCAACACUUCAUUAAACAUCAAUGAAUCCAAUGAUAAAGAUUCAGAGUUAGAAUCUCAAUCUUCUUGCAAUAGAAAUUCUUCACCGGGUAUUACAAAUUGAACAAUUACGUUAUAUAAGCUAUGAAAAAAAAAAGAAAAUAUAAUGGAAAAGACUGAAGAUAAAGAAAACUUUUAUUUUUAUAAUUAUACUUCAAAACAACCAUCUCUUCAACAUAAUGAUAUGAAUCAAACAAUGAACGUAUUUAUUGAACAAGAAGACAAUCAACUAUUUCAAAAAAUGACAAGCUAUAAUUGUGGUAACUUGGUAGAAAAUAUACCUCAAAAUGAAAGCAAAUUAAUAGAUUUCAACAUACCUAAACAACAAAUACAACCAAAUAGUAUAAAGGAUUCGACAUAUCUUAAUUCCGACGAAAAUCAGAAUAAUAAUAAAAGAAAACAAUCUCAAAAUCAAAAUGAACUAUAUAAAAAACAAAGAUUGGGAGUUUUAAAGGAGUUUUAA